AUUAAAUUUUCAGUUCCCAAAAACUGCGCAGAAGUCUUCAAGUCCGGUGGCAAGAUGAGUGGAUUGUACAAAAUCGAUCCAGACGGUCUGGGCGAAUUUGAAGUCUUCUGCGAUCAGAAAACCGCAGGAGGUGGUUGGACAGUGUUUCAAAGAAGACAGGACGGCUCUGUAGAUUUCUUCAGAGGGUGGAAUGAUUAUAAACUGGGCUUCGGGAAUCUGAAUGGCGAGUUUUGGCUGGGUCUUGACAAGAUUCACCGCCUGACAGCAGGCAAAAAUAAAAAGCUCCGUGUUGACUUGGAAGCUACUGCUGGCACCAUACUACUUGCAGAGUAUAGCUCAUUUGCUGUAGCAAACGAGAAGGCGAAAUACCAGCUUACUGUGGGAGGGUAUUCAGGUGAGAAUUCUCCUCAAAUGACUGCGAAUUGAUUGAGUGUGAUAAGUCGUAAUUUCUCUUAGAUUAUGCCGAUAUUUAUAGAUAGUACUAGUUUUCCCCAUGAUAUAAAAAAUUCACAAAUUUAUUGUUUUUCUUCAGGCAAUGCUGGAGAUUCCCUUGCUUAUCACAAUGGAAUGUUCUUUACUACCAAGGACAGCGAUAAUGACAAGUGGUCCAAGAACUGCGCAUCGUCAUGGAAGGGAGCAUGGUGGUACAAUGGUUGCUACAGUUCGAACCUGAAUGCUCUGUACUUAUACAGCAAGUCCAGUAACCAAGGGAUGGCUUGGAUGAAGUGGAAAAAUAACUAUUUUUCUUUCAAGAGAUCUGAGAUGAAAAUACGUCCAAAUAAUUUUUAA